CCACGUCAGCGUCCGAUCCGCGGGCGGGCCGCGCGUGUGGCGGGAUGGGGCCGGCGGCCCUGGGAGCCGAGCUGGGCGUGCGGGUCCUGCUCUUUGUGGCCUUCCUGGUGACCGAGCUGCUUCCUCCCUUCCAGCGGCGGAUCCAGCCCGAGGAGCUGUGGCUCUACCGGAACCCGUACGUGGAGGCGGAAUACUUCCCCACCGGCCGCAUGUUUGUCAUUGCCUUCCUCACUCCACUGUCCCUCAUCUUCCUCGCCAAGUUUCUGAGGAAAGCUGACGCCACCGACAGCAAGCAAGCCUGCCUCGCUGCCAGCCUUGCCCUAGCUCUGAAUGGCGUCUUUACCAACGUGAUAAAACUGAUAGUGGGCAGGCCACGCCCAGAUUUCUUCUACCGCUGCUUCCCCGAUGGGCUGGCCCAUUCUGAUUUGACUUGCACAGGGGACAAGGACGUGGUGAAUGAGGGCAGAAAGAGCUUCCCCAGCGGACAUUCUUCCUUUGCAUUUGCUGGUCUGGCCUUUGCUUCCUUCUACCUGGCAGGGAAGUUGCACUGCUUCACACCACAAGGCCGAGGGGAGUCCUGGAGGCUUUGUGCCUUUCUGUCACCUUUACUCUUUGCAGUUGUGAUUGCACUGUCCCGCACGUGUGACUACAAGCACCACUGGCAAGAUGUGCUAGUUGGAUCGAUGAUUGGAAUGACAUUUGCCUACAUCUGCUACAGGCAGUACUAUCCCCCUCUGACUGACAUAGAGUGCCAUAAACCAUUUCAGGACAAGCACAAACUUCCAUCUUCACAGAAGCCUAAGAGACCUGUGGAAAUCUUGAGGAGGACGAAGAUGACGGCACAUGCUGAGGAAGGGGAAGACAGUCUACCGUCACUAGUGCUCAAGAUAAAUGUGCCUUGAGUUCUCCAGAUUCAGCUGCCAGUGCAGUGCACACAGCUGCUCCUCAGACCCUGGAGACAGGGUUUUCUUUCAGAAUGUGCUCUUUUCCUCGCCCUAACUUGCAUGCUCAACUACACUGCCUGCCAACUGUAAGUAAACAUUUUGAUGGUACCUCA